UUCCCGGCUCACUGUAUCGCCUCUCUGGCUGUCGAGUCGAUAAUCCUAACGACGUUAAAGCCGUUUUUAUUUCAAGAAAUCAACAGGAAAAAAAGCCCCACCUCUAAAGCUCAGCUGACGAGAAGUGGGGUGUGCGGCGGCGAGUUCGAGAGCUACGGGACUUCAAACGCAGGAGUGGGUUCCCUGGGUUUCUGGGUCCCUGGGUUCCCGGCGCACCUCCUCCCGGCACUCUACGCGCCUCGACCCACUACCUAGGCCCAUGGGAACUCAGAAGCCUCGGAUCCUGCCCUGGCUGAUAUCUCAGCUGAACCUGGGGCAACUGGAGGGCGUGGCCUGGCUGGAUGAGGGCCACACGCGCUUCCGCAUCCCUUGGAAGCACGGCUUGCGGCAGGAUGCCCAGCAGGAGGACUUCGGCAUCUUCCAGGCCUGGGCCGAGGCCAGCGGUGCCUACACUCCUGGGAAGGAUAAGCCCGACCUGCCCACCUGGAAGAGGAAUUUCCGGUCCGCCCUGAACCGGAAAGAAGCAUUGCGUUUAGCAGAGGACCACAGCAAGGACCCCCACGACCCACACAAGAUCUAUGAGUUUGUGACCUCAGGAGUUGGGGACUUUCCUGAGCCAGACACCUCUCUAGACCUCAGUGGCAGAUACAGUACCUCUGAUACCCACGAAGACAGUCUAGAUAAGUUACUAAGUGGCAUGGACUUGGCCUCGGCCUUGGAUGCAGGGCCCCCGAGCCUGACCCUGGCCCUCGAGCAGCCCCCUCAGCUCUCCCUGAGCCCCAGCGUAGACACCCCUGCUUCUUGCCCCAACCUGGGAGUUCGUGAAAACCCACUGAAGCAGCUGCUGGCGAACGACGAUGAGUGGGAGUUCCAGGUGACCGUCUUCUACCGGGGCUGCCAAGUCUUCCAGCAGACUGUCUGCAGCCCCGGGGGCCUGCGGCUGGUGGGAUCCGAGGCCGAGGACGGGACGCUGGCCGGGCAGCCAGUGAGACUGCCAGACCCCGCGGCCUCCCUGACGGACAGGGGCGUGGCGGACUACGUGCGCCGGGUGCUGAGCUGCCUGGGGGGGGGGCUGGCUCUGUGGAGGGCGGGGCAGUGGCUCUGGGCCCAGAGGCUGGGGCACUGCCACGUGUACUGGGCCAUGGGCGAGGAACUCAUCCCGGACAGCGGUCACAAGCCUGACGGCGAGGUCCCCAAGGACAGGGAAGGAGGCGUGUUCGACCUGGGGCCCUUCAUCGAAGAUCUGAUUGCCUUCAUCGAAGGAAGCAGACGCUCACCACGCUACACCCUCUGGUUCUGCAUGGGGCAGUCGUGGCCUCAGGACGAGCCGUGGGUCAAGAGGCUGGUGAUGGUCAAGGUACGGCAGCCCCUGGCUCCUGGAGCGGAGGGACGAUCCCAAGGGGUGGGGGGUUGCUCCCAGGAACUUCAGCGCCCGGAGCCCCAUAGAGAAACUUCGGCUGCCAGGAGUCUCUGCUGCUCCUUACCCUCGGGGGCCUCUGCGUGUCCCUGCCAUGGCCUCACCCCGAGCCUCUCUGGAGCUCUCCCAGCCACACAGAAGGCGGCGGACCCCAAGUCCUGGCAGGCUCAGCUCCCAGGAGUCCUGACCACAAGCCGAUUGGGCCGUGCUUGGAGGACCCCUCUGCAGCCUCGGCCCCACGGACCUCACUGGCCUCCCUGGCUGUUAACAUGGGGACAACCAUUUCACUCAGAGCAGCCCUGGGCUUUGUGGUUCAUCCUAGGGGACAGUGGGGGCCGCUGGGGGCGGCUGGUGCCGGCGUUUCCCCGACUCCUCCUCCCACACCCCCACAGGUCGUCCCCAUGUGUCUCCGGGCCCUGGUAGACAUGGCGCGGGACGGGGGCGCCUCCUCCCUGGAGAACACGGUGGACCUGCACAUUUCCAACAGCCACCCGCUCUCCCUCACCUCCGACCAGUACAAGGCCUGUCUCUGGGACCUGGUGGAGGACAUGGAUUUCUAGGCCGCUGGGAGGCCCGGGCCCUCGCCCUUCACCUCGACCAAUAAACGGCUUCUUGCCACGGUCCUCA